AUGGCCGCCACGAAAAGCCUCUCCAUCUUCCUCCUCAUCGCCGUAACCUGCGUCGCCAGCAGGCAAGCGGCGAACUUCAACAUCACAAACAGAUGCAACUACACGGUGUGGGCAGCCGCCUUGCCCGGCGACGGCGUAAGGCUGAACCCUAACGAAUCAUGGAGCCUCAGCGUGGCGAACGGAACGACGGGAGGACGCAUUUGGGGCCGAACAAACUGCACCUUCAACAGCACGGGACACGACAAGUGUCUAACCGGUGAUUGCGACGGUGUGCUUGUGUGCAACAAAACGGGUACACCCCCGAACACGCUGGUGGAAUUCGCGUUGAACCAGUACAACAACCUCGACUUCUACGACAUCUCCCUCGUGGACGGUUUCAACAUUCCCGUGCAGCUGAGCCCCACCUACAACUGUAGCUCCGUCAAAUGCGCCGCCGACAUCCUGGGAGAGUGUCCGACUCAGCUGCAUGUUCCCGGCGGUUGCAACAACCCGUGCACGGUUUUCAAUACGACUCAGUAUUGUUGUACCUCCGGUGUUGUUGGAUGCGGUCCCACUGAUUAUUCAAGGUUUUUCAAGGAAGAGUGCCCAAAUGCCUACAGUUACCCUAUGGAUGAUGCAACCAGCACUUUCACGUGCAUGGGAGGAUCCGAUUAUAGGGUAGUAUUUUGCCCUUAAUUCUUCUCAUUUAUGUCUCUCUAUAUCUGC